CCGGAUCUACUCUCCGAACGGGACACUUGUCCAAUCCUUCAUUUAGAUAAGAUUCAUCCAUGAAAGAGACAUCUUCCGCUUCAACACUUGCUUGUCACCGUUCGCGUCUUUCUAUUCAACAGGAGCACCUUUAGAAAGACCAUCAUCACCAUGGACGUCUCCCAGACCCUCGCCCACCUACCCAACACCAUCCACUGCAUUGAUAUGCACACCACCGGGGAACCCACCCGCAUCGUCUAUGCCGGAUAUCCCACGCUGGCGGGCACACUGCUGGCCCAACGUGACCAAGCGCGCCAGCAUCAUGAUCACAUCCGACAGCAGCUCAUGCUGGAACCGCGCGGUCAUCCAGCGAUGUACGGCGCCAUCAUCUGCCCCGAGACGGAGCUGGUAUCAAGCGGGGCGGCGGACGUGGGAGUGCUCUUCAUCCACAACGAGGGCUACUCGACCAUGUGCGGACACGCAACACUCGCGCUGGGACGCUUCCUCAUCGACACGCACGACCCCAGCGUCUUCCCGCGCCGCUCACAGCUUCCAUUCAACUCCACAAACCGAACCAUCCAACUCAAACUCCACGCACCCUGCGGGGUGGUCAGCAUCACCGUCCCAACUAACGCAGAGGGCACCAAAUCCGACCCCUCGCGACCUGUGUCCUUCCUCUCCACACCAGCCUACGCCACAGCCCUCCAACUGACCAUCCGGAUCCCCGCUUCAACCCGCUGGCCCGAAUUCCCAGCCGACAAGGACUCUAUCACGCUAGACAUUAGCUACGGCGGCGCCUUUUACGCGAUCGUCGAUGCCGCAGAACUAGGCUUCACCGACGGACUAUCUAGCGUCGACCUAUCGGCCACCACGCGCUGCAUGCAACAGCUGAAGCCCUAUCUCGAAUGCUGCCCGGAAAUCAUCUCCGCGAUCCAGCACCCAGAUGACCCGCGGCUGUCGUUCCUCUACUCGGUCAUGAUCGUCGACUCGUCCAUCGGCUCCAAGCCCGCCGACGUUGCCGGUACGGAGACGGGGCUCUGCUACUUCGCCGACAACCAGAUCGACCGGUCGCCGACCGGCUCGUGCGUGACGGCACGUAUGGCGCUGGCCCACGCCAAGGGGGUGCGGCCGGUCGGCCAGCGCUGGGCGUAUAACUCGCUCGUAUCGAACCACUUCCAGACGGAUGAGUUCCGGGCGGAGAUCGUCGAGGAGCUCGAGCUUUCGCCUCCGCUUCCGUCCUCGCGACGAUCUGUGAUCGUACAGGUGGAAGGGCGGGCUUUCUACACCGGUACGGCCUCGUUCAUGGUGGAGGCGGAUGACCGGACGUCCAGACAUGGAUUUACUAUGGAGGGAGUAGCAGGAGGAUCAUCGUCAUCGUCGGCGUAAUAUCAUUAUUAUUAUCAACACUAACAUCACCAUAGUCCCUUCCUUCCCUCAUCAUCAAACAUCAAAUCC